GUUAAAGAUCCAAAUUGUAAACCCUAAAAGAUCGAUUUCUUCAGAGAAUUAGAUCCAGAAACCCAAGAAGAUUACAAUUACCCAAAUGAAUACCAAAAAUCCUCGAAAAUACCAAAAAUCCCGCCUAUAUUUCUUGCAGAUGUUGCUGACUACAGAAACCCACAAAAAAUACUCGUAUCAGAACUAAAUAUAACCCGAAAAACCAAUAGUAAAGCACCCCCCACAAAGAGAUCCCCUCUCUCUUUCUCUCAAUAAAACCCUCGUAUCUUCUCUCUCUCUCUCUCUCUCUCUCUAAAUUCAUCACCCACCAAAUCAGUAUCCUCUUCAUGUAACGCUUCGCAAUCUUGUGUUUCCACCAUGUAUUGAUAGUGAAAUCGAAUUUUCUCCAAGCUCAAAUCGGUGCUCUUGAUCGUAUCAGGGUUUUCCAGGAUGGAAUUGAGAUCGAGUAGGGUUUUGAAGAGGGAUAAACCAGAUAUCAAUUCAAGUAUCCAGAAUCAUGAUUUUGGGGAUAAAAAGAGGUUACAAUUGAGCUCUGAUGAGUCAAAUUCUGGUAAAAAGGGAGCAAAUGAGGUUGAAAUUGGGGUUUGUGUUGAUAAUGCCCACGAUAAUCUUGAAAUGGGUCCGAAUAAUGGAAGUAAGAUUGUAAGUUUGGAGGUUACAAAGAAUGGCGGAAAUACUGACGAUAAAGGAUUGUUUUUGGGAUCUGAGGUGUUGGAUCCUAUCAAAGAUUUGGUUGUUUCUUGCCCAGAAGGAGAAAUCGAGGAGGAAAGCGUUGAGCGUGUUCAAGUUGAAAGUUCUGGUGGUGGCAGCGGUGGCGGUGAAGAAGGAAACAAACCGGUUUUAAUAAAUUUGAGUGAGAAAGAUGGUGGUUUUAAGGAAGAAAUACCAUCCCGACAUAUAUCUUCGAUCAGCAAGCUUCAUACUUCACCGGAAGUAGAAACAAUGGACUGUGGAACUCGGUCUAAAAAUGUAGAAUCUGGAAAGUUUGUCGAUGAUAUAAUGAUUACCGCCAAUGGUGACAACUCUGAAGAAGCCACAACUGCGGUCUUGGAUGACUCGAAUUUGUUGAAUGAUGCUGAGAAAGCCGAUGCUGGUGUGGAUAAACGUGGGAAAAAGAAGGGAAAAGGUAAGCGUGGGAGAAAAAAGGGAAAUGCGGGUAACUUAAAGAAGAAUGAAAGUAAGCAAGACUCUGAUACGAGAAGCAAAGAAAUGAAAGUUGGGAAGGCUGAUGUUUGUUGCAGUGAGAAUGGUGUGAAACGUAAAAGGGGUCGGAAAAGGAAAAAUGUGGAGAUUUCUGAAUGCAAUGGAGACGGGAUUGCGAAAAGGGAGAAAGUAGAGAAGGGUGGAGUUCAGGUCAACGGGAGGCUGUUGCGAUCACGGGCUAUGACCAUUGGUGGCGGUGUUAAGGCGGUUCAUGGCAGAGUUGAGGUGGUUAUUGGUUUAAAACGAAUUAUCAAAGAAGGUGAAGGCACUGAACUGGCUGCCAGACCAAAGAAGAAGCAAAAGCGGCGUGGAAGGCCUCCUAAGGUGCGGCCGAGUGAAAAUUCGUCUUUAAAUGUGUUCAAAAGAGAAGACGAAAACCGUCAGCCGAGCUCUAGCCCGAGACCGGAAAAGAAACUAAAGCGGCGUGGAAGACCUCCUAAGGUUCAGGGUGAAACUACACUAAAGAAAGAUGGUAUCUUGACGGAGAUACCGAAAAAGAAACUAAAACGCCGUGGAAGACCUCCGAAGGUGCGUUACGAAACUAUGCCUUCUGCCGAGAUUCCUUUGACACCAAAAAGAUCACGGGGAAGACCACGGAAAGAAACGGCACCACAAGGAGUUCAGAAGAACCGACACAAAGAUAUGAUUUUCAAGAAACUCAAACGUCGUGGAAGACCACCCAAAAUUGAUUCCCGGGUGUUGGCAAAUGUGAUCAAAAUGAGAACUGUGAAGCUUAUGGAAGUUAAGAAAAACAGCAAUCGGUUGAAAGCUAAUGAUGUCAAAAGGGUCCCCAAAAUUCAGAAGAUACGAAAAGAAGAGGGCUUAUUGGAGGUCAGCGGUGAGAACCCACAAAAGGUUCAGCAGUUUGAAGAAAAUAGCGAACAAAUGAUGGAUGAAGGAAAAGGGAUUAUCAGUAAGCCGAUGAAAAGGCUCAAAUGCAAACAGUUAGUGAGAGAUAAAAUAGUCGAUAUACUUUUGAAUUCCGGCUGGAUAAUCGAUCGUAGACCUAGGCAAGAAAGAGCAUAUAAGGAUGCAGUUUAUAUUGAACCUAGUGGGAGAUCACAUUGGUCUAUUACCAGAGCUUAUCUUAUGCUAAAAAAGAAAAUUGAAGAUGGUGAUGCCGAUAGUAAUGAGGUCUCUGCAUACAUUCCGAUAUCUGAGGAAGAAAUUGGUAUGCUAUUCCGAGUGGUUGAUAAGGUACAUGGCUAUAAGAAGAAGAAGAACCGAAAACCGAUUGAUGUAAAUAAGGCCGGAAUUGUCACCAAAAGAAGGAAGAGAGCUGGUAAGAAUACAAAAGAUGGUUCAAAGAGGAAAAAGAUACGGAAUUCUGCUACAAGAUCGGCUAAUAAAUCGUUAAAGCAUCCAAAUCGUGAAAAGGGUAUCGUCACCGAGAGCAGAAAGCCACGCCUUUUAGCUCGUAGUUCAGAAAAGGUGUCAAAACAAGAUAAUGAUGGAUGUUUGAUGUACAGUGGGAAGCGGAAUCUUCUUUCUUGGAUGAUCGAUCUUGGAGUUAUUUUGGCGGGUUCGAAGGUGCAAUAUGGGAAAACUAGAAGGCAGAAAAGAUCGUCCGAAGGGAUAAUUACUAGUGAUGGGAUUCAUUGCAAUUGCUGUAACGAAAUUAUGGGUAUUUCAAGAUUUGUAGCCCAUGCUGGAGGGAAACUGAAUCAGCCAUUCGAUAACGUAUAUUUGGAAUCUGGAACGUCUCUUCUGAAGUGCAUGCUGGAUUCAUGGAGGAAAGAAGAGGAAUCAAAUACCAUCGGAUUUAAUCGUGUUGAUGUUAAAGGAGAAGAUCCCAAUGAUGAUACGUGCAACAUUUGUGGAGAUGGGGGAAACUUGAUUUGUUGUGACGGUUGCCCUUCAACAUUCCAUCAGAAUUGCCUCGAUAUCCAAAAUUUUCCUUCUGGGGAUUGGAAUUGCAUCUACUGUUCUUGCAAAUUUUGUGGAGUGGUUUCCUUUACUGCCCCUCAAAUGGAUGACUCUCGUGAUGCACUUACCUCUGAAAUGCUCUCGUGCGGUUUGUGUGAGGAGAAAUUCCAUCGUUCUUGCUUACAAGAAGUGGAAGCUGUAAAUGUAGAUUCCAGCGAACUACCUUUCUGUGGAAGGAAAUGCCAGGAGCUCUUUGAGCGACUGCAGACGUAUCUUGGGGUGAAGGUUGAACUCGAAGAUGGAUUUUCAUGGACUCUACUCCAACGUUCUGAUGUUGGCCAAGAUUUCAGUGUUCAGGACACCCAAUUGAACGUUGAAUGUAAUUCCAAAUUGGCUGUUGCAUUCUCUGUUAUGGAUGAAUGUUUUGUGCCAAUUGUCGACGAAAGAAGUGGAACCAGUAUGAUCCGUAAUGUUGUAUACAACUGUGGCUCAAACUUCAAGCGUCUGGAUUAUGCGGGCUUCUUAACGGCUAUUUUGGAGAAGGGGGAUGAAUUGAUCACAGCAGCAUCCAUACGGAUACAUGGGUAUCGGUUAGCCGAAAUGCCUUUCAUUGGAACCCGUCACAUGUAUAGGCGCCAAGGGAUGUGUCGUCGCCUUUUGGAUGCAAUUGAAUCCACUCUUUCUUCUAUUGGCGUGGAAGAGUUGAUCAUUCCCGCCAUCCCUGAAUUGCUGCAAACAUGGACGAAGGUGUUCGGUUUUAUGCCCCUUGAAGAAUCGAAGAGGCAAGCAAUGAAGUACAUGAACAUGCUCGUGUUUCCCGGUAUAGAUAUGCUUCAGAAACCUCUUCUUCGGAAUCCAUUGGCCGAUAGGAGUCCCACCCCAUCUGCAGUAUCUGAUGACAAAGCUGUGGAACAUACCACCUCCGAGCCGAACGACAACCACUCAGAUGCAUCUGAGAUUGUGAAAGAUGAAGCAGAAGAAGCUACCGUCUUAAUGGACGUCUGUAGCUGUCCGGACCCGAAUGAUAAGACCGUCUCUCAAUCCGAACCCAUGACAUCAAAUGCAAUCGAUUGUAAUCAAAGGCCUGCUGAUGCAGCCGAGGUUGGGACAGAUGAUAUCGAUAAUGAACGAACCAAAGAACCGACCGUCUUAAUGAACGGUUGCAGCCGUCACGAGGAGGCCGCAGCCGGGAUUCCGAAAGAUUCCUUCGAUCAUGAACCACCAGAAGAAACUACGGGUUUAACGGGUGGAUGCAGCUGUCCUAAAGAGGAUGUUUCACGCCUCGAGAAGGAUAAGUUCAUGAUUUCUGAUGGUGCCAAUGGCCUGUGUGACUUAAAUUUUCCGGUAAAGAACGAUAGAUGUCGGUUUCUGGAGACUACAGGCCCGAUAUCAUCUGAUGCAAAGUCCACAGAUGUUCGAACUUCUGAUGAUUCUGCGGCUGAUAUGACUUGCGAGCUGUACGGAACACCGAAACUAGAGUUGGAUGUUGAGAAUGAUGGUAUUUCCGCGGCCGAAGCAUCUACGACAUCUAAAUUGGCUCCGAAGAACACGUUUGACUUGAAUCUUCAUCCGACUCCAGUUGACACCGAUUCACAUAUUGUUGGUGACAAUUCUCUCACAAACGAGCCGUGCAGAACGUCAUUUGAGCUAUCGGAAACAAGGUCUCGGGUCGAUCAUGGUGAUUCCAAAUCGUGUGAUACGCAACCUCUCGUCAUACUUUGACUCGGUUUCGUGAAACAAAGGUCGGUUUAUGGCCGUUGGAUCGCAGUCGGUAGGGGAUGAAAUGAUGACGAUGCAUUUAGUUGCAUGUUAAUAAGAAUCAACCACUGCCUUUGAGAGAUGGUUCAGACAGGCUUUUUGUAGAUUUUAGGUUUGUAAAUUGAUCUUCUAUUGAAAGGGUUUGUAGGAAAUCUUUAGAUUUAGUUGCUUUUGUGAAGAACAUAAAAAAGCUUGUAGAAGUUGUUGCCUUUUUCAAUUUGCCUGCCUGAAAACAAUAUGAUAAUGAUAUAUAUAGUCCUUAGUCUUCUUCA